AUGGCGUUCUUCACGACUCCUCUUCUCUCUGUGGCUCCAACUCGGGCUCUUGUUGAUGAGAAAUGUAAUGUUCAAGUGGAAAAUCUGCCUGCUGGACAUCCAUUCACUCUCCAUGCCCUCCACUUAUCUGAAGACCACGACUACUGGGAGGCGUUCGGGCACUACAUCAGUAACCACAAUGGGCUUGUGUGCGUUUCAGAGGAUUUGAGUCUUGGGGGAACAUAUACUGGGAGAGAGCCCAUGGGUUUAUUCUGGAGUUUACGUCCAAUUCCAGGAAGCCGCAAAGGCCUAAGGCUGAGAAAGAUGGACGUGUCUAGUCCUCUGCUAUACACCAUCUCAGUUUUCAGUGGGCAUUUGACAGAGGGCUUCAAGGACCAGAGAGCGCUGGCCUCCGUGCUUACAGAGCGCUGGUACAUGGCUCCAGGAGUUCAGAGGAUUAGCAUUAAAGAAAACCCUGUGAGAGGGACUAUGUUUCUACCCCCAGGCCCUGGCCCUUUCCCUGGACUCCUGGACAUGUGGGGUGGUGGAGGGGGCUUGAUAGAGUACCGUGCUGCGAUCCUAGCAUCGCACGGUUAUGCUGCAUUUGCGCUGGAGUACUUUGGCCCUGGAGAGAUGGACACUGCUGAGAUGGAGAUAAACUAUUUUGAGACGGCUUUUAAUAUAGUGAAGGACCAUCCAAAGGUGAUACCAGACAGAGUUGGGUUGGUUGGAUUAUCUCUUGGUGCAACAAUUUCCUUUUAUUUGGCAUCUGAGAGCAAGGUUAUUAAGCCCUGCUGUUGUGUGUGUAUUAAUGGACAUCAUUUCCAUCCCCGUGGGAAACCCAUGGAUUCCUUCACCAAAGAAAGGCAAAGUAAUACACAUAAGGUACAACUGGAUGAAAAUAAUAACCAAAUCUGGAGACAUAUGUUUGAUCUCAGCAAUAAUUCAAACAAAAUAGAGAUUGGGAAAAUAAAUUGCCCGAUGAUGCUUGUUUGUGCUGAAGAUGAUCAGAAUGUUCCUGCUGUGGAGGUUGCAGAUGAUAUAGAAAAGAUUGUAUGUGCUGCGGGGAAAGGCCACCUGCUGACCCGACUGAGUUAUCCUGGGGCUGGACAUCUCAUUGAAGUUCCCUUUUCACCUCAUUUCAGAGUAACAGCCUUCAUGCAAACAAAAAAAAAGAAAGUAAUGCUUUUGUGGGGAGGACGAACCAAAUCUCAUUCAGAUGCACAGGAGGACUCGUGGAAGAAGAUCUUGGACUAUCUACAACACCAUCUGUACUCGAGCCCAAGUCUCAAGUCCAAACUUUAA